UGGAGCUGGCCCAUCUGCCGCCGGCCAUCGUUCCCUACACCAUGAAGCGCUUGCCUUGUUGCUCUGUUCUCAAGGAUGUGGGCAAACAUCCGCCCGAUCUGGUGAUGUCGGUAGUGCCACCGCCGCCCCUUGGAGCUCCGUUGGCGAGGAGGAGGAGGACGACGACGACAGAGAGGAGGAGCUUGCUCCACGGUCGUCGCCGGCUGCCUCCCAGUAUUCCCUGUGCUCUGUUGACGCCAAUGUUGCUCAUGCGGGGCCGUGGGCAUCUCUGGUUGAUGUAGAUGGCCAGGGUUCAGGCGAGGAUCGUGACAACAGCGAUUCUGGCAAAGGGGACCUGGCGCCACCGAAGACGGCAACGUCUGUUGUCGAAGGCUCAUGCUCUGGUGCGGUCGGUGCGUCGACUGCUUGCUUGUAUCCUUGCGAUCAGGCGGAAGCUGUGGUCACACAACCCGGGGAUGGUCCCUGGAUUUACGUCGGACGAAGGCGUCGUCCCCGUUGUCAUGUGCCUUGCAGCAAGUCUUCCACGUCCCCGACCUUUCAUGAUGCAAGGUCUGUGCAAGCCGACACAUUCAAGAGGAGAACCCGUGGUCGAUGUUUCCGUUGCUUGGCUCCGGACCACAAGGUUGCGUCCUGCCGCGACCCGUUUUGAUGCCUCACUUGUCUUCGCUCUGGACACCGUGAGAGGGACUGUUCUCUGCGUCACUCCUCCGUCGAAGCUAUUCACCACUGUGUGCGUGACCCCCCCAGCUCCGCCUCGCCCUUCCUCAGAUGGGCGCUCUUGGGCUUCGGUUGUUGCUCCCGCAGUGUGUGUGCAAGCUCCUGAGUCUGCAAGGAUUGUUGAAGCUCCAAGCGAAGGUUCUGUUGAUCGGGGUGUUGCGACAUCUGAUGAUGCUAUGCUUGUCUCGUUUCGUGCGGAGCUGCAAAGCUUGGUUGAGUUUGCGCUCCGCCCGCUGCGCAAGCUGGAGGACUCUUUGUGCCUGUGGUUGGCACGUGCGUCCGACCUCUUGGAGCAGGCGGAGGUGUCUGAUGGUGAGCGUGGGUUGAGCCCAGCCUCCUUGCAGGGACCUUGCUCCUUAGGCACUUCCGUUCAUGGUUUGACGCUACCAAAAGAUGGGAGCAAAGGUGUUGAUGACAUUGGCGACAAGGUUGGGUUGGCGCCCUCAAGGUAUGUUGCUGCCGUGGAGUCUACAGGGCAGCAUGCGUCGGUCAAGUCUAUGGCCUUGUAUGACAAGGUGGCCACCGAGCUUAGCCUUCCUACUUCUGCCUCCAAUGAGGUGUGGGGCGUUGCAAAGGGAUGCACAUCGGCAUUUGAGGGCCAAAACACUUUACACGUCUUCAUCGAGCUGGUCAAAAGCCUUUCUGCCGUGCCUGCGAUCACCCAAGGGCUGAUUCACCUUGUCAAUGCAGCGAAGAUCAAGAAUGUCAACCAACUAGCAGGCGUCGCCUCGGGCGUGGGGACUGCAUGUCAUGAUGUUAGCCAUUAGUAUGUGCCUUCCUCUCCUGUGCUUAUUGUUCUGGGAGUAGUCCGCAUGUUGUUUCGCGGGAUGGCUUUUGUAGCGCGCCAUCUGCGGGGUCUUUGUUGGCUUGUCGGGUCUGUGUGUGGGUUUGACCCUUGAUGUAACGGUUUUCGCACGGUUUUCCUGUAAUUAACCGGGCAACUAUCUUCUUCUCUAUUAAUGAAAAAGGCAAAGCUUUUGCCUCUGUUUCAAAAAAAAGAAGAUAAUAGCACAACAGGAAAACUAUUCUCAUUGGUGUGCAGCAGACAAACUAUUUUGGAAGAUGGCACGGCUCACAGGAUCGACACGCUCAAGUAAUCACCUAUCUGCAAACCAAGGGCGGCGCUUGCAGGGCGGCACUCACGGCCGAGCAGCGAACCCAGCUACCGACCAGAGGGCACCAAGGCCUCAUCAUUCACAUAUGACCAGGACGGCAAAGAGCGUGCUGUGGCCGAGAUCAAUUUUCUCAGCCUCACGGACUAUGUGGGCCCCAAGCAGAAGACCGGCUGGGGAGUGGCCGCUCUAUCGAGCGGCAACAAGACCAUGUAUACCUUGAUGAAUGUCCCGCAAAUGCUGAAUAGCAACUAGAGCUUUGUCCUAUACAGGCAGAGCAAAGUUACUCGUAUUCUGCAAGAGUCUUUGUUCAAGACGAGCGGGGCUGUGGUGAUUGCCUGCUUGGAAGAAGUUCGUGCAGUCCAAAAAUCGAAGGCGUGCGUGCGUACAAUCCAAAAAUCGAAGGCGUGCAGUGCAGUAGAGCACCAAAGCAGUGUCCAAAAUAGCCCCCUCGAUCCCGUCUAUCUGCCGACGACAACUACUCACAUGGCGCUGCUUCCUGGAUAUGCCAUGCAGUUCGGCAGCAUGGUCGUGCAGUCCGAGGCAUGUGUUGUCAUGGAUCGCGGGCGUGGGCAUGCAGUGCGGCGCAUGGGGUGCGUGCAGUGCGGCGCGUGGGUGUGUGUGCAGUGCUCAACGAUGGCCAUGGAGCACCGAACGACAAACACGACCUCCCCACCACUGUGUCGAUGGCCAAACUCGGAGGAACCCCCUCUGCAGUGCGGUUCUAGCUGUUCUUGCAUCGGUCAAAAGGGUGAAGAAAAGCCGGGGUCAAUGCCACUCUGCCGCUUGCAGUGCAGUUCAUCUCGUGUGUGCGUGCAGUGCAGAGGAGGACAUGUGCUUGCAGUUGAGAGCGUGUGUGCGUGCAGUGCACCCGUUUUGGUCCACUUAUUCAUUUUUUUGUACAAUAGAGAGAAAAACAAACACAUUAGAAGUCUGUUUACUUUUCAUUAUACUUCAUCCCAUCUGCAUCACUGGUGUCUUGAAUAAAAUUGUUUGAAGAGGACAAACACAUAGUU